AAUUGCAAACUACCUACUGCUCCUCGUAUGCUGCGCUCUGUGCUAAACGAAACCGACCGAUAAUAACACACAGUUUCGUCGAAUUUGAGGCAGCAUGAACACAGGGCAGUUGACUGAGACGAACUCUAGUGCAAAUAGUUGUUCGAAUUCAACGCCGGAGGGGAGUGACGUGAACAAAGCGGCCCUGAAAAGAACUCCAUUUUCAAAGUUCAAGAAGAUACACGCCAAGUUUAAAUCACCUAUUCAAGUGUCAGAGAGUGCUAAAGGUAGCGCAGAGGAGGUGGCAGAGCUUGAGAGGAGAAGAGAGCAGCUGGACACAGAGAUAGCGCAGCUGGAGGCUGAGGGAUACAGAGUGGAGGAGCUGGAGCAUCACAUUGAUAUGUUGCAUGAAUACAAUGACAUCAAAGACAUUGGACAAUCACUCCUGGGACGUAUAGCUGCUCUGAGGGGGACCACCACACAAGAAGUCUACAGCCACUUUGGACUGGAACUGAAUGACUGAGAAAAAAAACGUUGAAAACAUAGUGAGAGAAUUGGAUAACGACAUUGAGGACAAACUAUAACCUAAGCCUACAUAGGUUUCCAGGUGAGGGAUGGUCAGUUGCAACAUGAGAUUUCUCCAAUAAAUGUUGCUUACUGUACCCUUUUAAACAUCUUAGUAAGGGUUUGUUCCACGCUCACAGUAAUGGAGAGUGUACGUUUCAUCAAAAUCUUCUGUAUGUCUUGACAACAGGUUGCCUUAUUCAAGCUUUCAGUGAAUGAGUUUGUGAUAGAAAUGUUGUUUUCACAUCCUGUGACUGGAGAAGAUGAUAAAAGUCCCAUGGAAAAACACAAAACUAACUUCUCACUAACUUUCAUUACUCUGUGAGCGCUUUUUUCCAGUAUUUCUUAUGGUUGCACUUGUUCAUUAAUGUGUUUAAUUCACACAGCAUCAUUUGUUUUGAUAGUUAUAAGGUCAUUUUCAGUCUUUUAUAAUCUUCAGUAUUCAGAACUUCCUUUAUUUUAAUUUCAAAAGUAUUUGCCUGAAAUGUGCGGUUUAUGUUGUGCAGAGAGAAUGAAAAAAGGUGGCAUAAUGUAGGUGGGUGUUCCUUUUCUAUCUGAGAAUCACCAACGGCAGAUAAUUGGGCUGUCUGACUGUUUGUGUGAGACCUUGUGCAUCAGUGGCUGCCUGUUCUUUGUAAAUGUGCAGAGUAAAAUGUGUAUGUGCACUUUAAUCUCACAUUUGUGGGUCAAAGCUCAUCCUAUUUUCUUAUCCUAAUCUUUGCAUUGCUUAUCGGUCGUUGGCCAUCUCACUUAGUGUGCUUUAUUGUGGUAUAUGUGCAUAGCAGAUAAUUAAGACUAAUAAAAGUGCAACAUGUUUUUGAUCUGA